CACAUGUUCACACAGUUUUCAUGCUUUGUACCGUCAUCCGGUUUUGAUUGUAUUGAACCGGAACAACCUCAUCAUCAUGUGUCUGUAUUUUUGUUGUGAUAAAUUCAUAGUGUACUAUUGUACAUUGAACGUUACCGUUUACUGAUCGUUAUUUUUCAACCAUAACAGUUAUUUGAGGAACUAAUCUUUUCUGUAGUGAGAGGGUAAUGGCGCUACUAUGUAAUGGUGUCUGAAGGCGGUUUGUCAUCUGAUAGCGGGUCUGAUCUGGAAGCGUCUGGUGACUCCGAUCUUUCGGAUUCUCGUCUGGACAAUCUUGUUGACGAUAUCAUCGAAAAACUUGCACUAUAUCCCUCCUGUAAACAGUCUGAAAUGACUAUUAAGAAUAGGAAAGAUAGAGUGAAGUCCGAAAGAGACCCUCCUGGGACUUCCACUAACAGCCGUCAUAGCUUUGCCUUUAAACCAUACCCUUACAAUGAAGAACGUAAAGAGAUGGCUUCCCAUCGCAAUAGACAUCGUUGUGUGCAUAUCGAGUCCAACAUUAAUCAAGACAUCGAAGCCCCACGAUCUCCACUGUCCUACUCUUUUCCUGUUGAUUCGUCUCUCUAUCCAGCUCAUUCAGCUUUUAAUCAUCCACCAACCCGUCACAUAUCCCAACAAAUCGAGUCUCUCAGCCCCACUGACUGCAGGCCACAUGUGCGUGAAAAUAAAACAAGUCAGGUAAAACCCCAACCCACUAUUGUGGAUGAUGCCUCCGGCAACAAUAGUGAAGAUGAAUACUACUUCGGCAAACAACCUCGAAGAGCUUCCCCUAUCCAGCUUACAGACGAUAGUCUUGAGCGACUACUGGCAGAGAAGAAAGGAUGGAAGAUUAUUAAGGUUGCGUCAGAUGGUGCUUGUUUGUUCCGCAGUGUUUCCCAUCAAAUUUUUGGUGACGAAGAAAAGCAUGAUGUCGUACGCUCCCAAGUCAUUGAGUAUAUGAUUAAAAACAAAGAACACUUUUCACAAUAUCUCACUGAAGAUUUUGAUCAUUACAUAUCCCGUAAACGAGAUGUGUCUUGUUAUGGGAAUCACGUUGAGAUUCAGGCAAUCGCAGAACUAUAUAACAGACCUGUUGAAAUUUAUCACAGUUCAGUGGAACCCAUCAAUGUCUUUCACGCUGAUUAUUCAAAAGAAUUUCCUAUCAGGCUCAGUUAUCAUGGUCGAGUUCACUAUAAUUCCAUAGUUGAUCCUUUCAAUCCUUCGUUUGGCCAUGGUCUUGGUAUGCCCAACUACCAACCUGGCUUGGCAGAACCAGAUCUCAUUGCUCGUGCCAUAAGGGAGUCUGAAAGUACACAACUCGAAGAAGCCAUGUUACGCGACAAGCUUGCUGAAACAGAACAAGACGCUAUUGACAGAUGUAUUGAAGACCAAGCAGUUCGGGAGUCAUACUUCGACUACCUACAGCAGAUCUCAGUGCCUGUUAACCAAAAGAUAAAUCCAAAUAAUUCCGUCGCAGCUUCUGAAAGUACAGAUGCACUUCCCAGUCAAAAAGUAUCAAUGGACUGUAGAAUUCCCGCGAAUUUGACAAAAAGUUCCGAUGUAGCAUCUUCAUCAAAAGCCUCUGUUCCAGAUAUAAAAACUCGUGAAAACAAUAUGUCUACAAAAGAACCAUUACCUAGUUCGUCUAAUUCUCAAAGUGACAUGACAUUGCGUCAUAUUCCUCCUUGCAUGUUGGGUAAGUGACCAUUUUUACUGUAAGUGUUUUUUUGAUAAUUUUAAUAAGUUUCAUAGUUUUAUAGCACACUUAAAUAUACUUUCGUGCAACUAACUUAGAUAAUCAAGGAGCAUUAUGGGCUUUCAAGCCCACUGUUCUAUAUGGUGCAACAUGAAAAAAAGUACAAUUCUUUUCCUCUGAGAGCAUCGCCGCGAAUUUUCGCAGUAAAUACGUGAAAGCCAUCAUUGAUGCCUUGCCAUAGGUAUUCCUAUGUUACUGACCUUUGCUGAAUUCCACUUGAAGCAUAUCGAAGGUAUACAUUGAAAUAUAAAACCUCUCAGCAAAGCCAAGCGAAACAUUUGCGUACCGAGUUGAAGUUAGGAAGUGAGAGACGGAAAUGGAAGUCACAAUAUCAGUCCCUUAAGAUAGGGAAAAGUAACAUCAAAUAAAUUAAGAAAAACGAGGCGUUAUCGUCAACUUGCAAUGAUUUCACAUUCCACUCCUAAUGUCACGUUUGUCCCCUGGAUUUGCCUUUUUUUGUCUCAUUUAAUGCCAUUUUAUGGAUAAAUUUAUAGUGACACACUAACCUCUUUAUUUGUUACGAAGUAAUACGUGAAUAAAGUUUGAAGUAAUCUAACGGAUGACAGAACUUUACACAAAAUUGCAUCAUUUAAAGUUGCUACACGUCGAAGCAAUGCACAAAAGACAUGAGAAAUAAAAGAGACAAAGCUGAAUAUAGUAAGAAUACGUUAGUGGGAAUGUGUUCAACCUCGAAGUUAGGUAACAAGUGUCUUCACUACCGUCAGCAGAUGUCAGUCAUAAAUCUGUUACCAGCAUGUGCAGGUGUAUGUCUACCGACUUGUGUUUCAUAUGAGCUCCAUCAACAUGAAAUGCUGAGUUGCGUCGAUAAUCUCUUUUGGCUUUGACUUCACUUCCUGUCAUUUGAGCUUCCUAAUUUCACAGACCGGUCACGCGCACAUCUUCACCUCUCCCUAGCUGGCUGUAAGCCCGAUAAAGAGGGAAGGUUGGGCGUGAGGCUAGCAACCCACCUCCGUAGGAAAGCACCAUUGCUACUGAAACUUCAAAGGUAUACCUUGAAGCCCCAUGUUCUGCUCGGAACGUAAAGGAAUAAAAUAAAUUUUACAUACUAAAUCCGUUAAAAUUGCACAAAAGUAAUGAGCUUUUACCAGCUAAGUUGACUACCACUUUCGAAAUCUUGACUUUACUUUUGUUGUUACGACUCAGUCACUUGGGAUAUUUUUUUGUAUUAGAUUGAGUCACACAGUGCUAGUGCUAAUAAUACUGUUCAGUGGCAUAGGUGAAUAUUUUUUACCAUCUCUGACAGUCUUCAUACAUAGGGUCGUUUGAAAGAAUGGAGUUAUUAACUGAUCAGAAAAGAUGAAAUGUGGCAUGUAAUUUUGACUUAUGGCCUCAAUCGUGGGUAGAUUAUUCGGCGAAUAUUCUGUUAAUCUUUCUCAGAGUGAACCAGAAUAAAACCUUUUAUUCAAAUAAUUUUAACAAAGUAUUGUGUUAUGAUGAAAAAUGUGAAGUUGGAGGGUUUCAUUUCAUUUGGGCAGUAUGAUACAUGCUGAAGGCCAAUUUACAUUCCCUUGCAUUCGAGAAAGUAGUAUUUUAUUCUUUUUGUAACCAAAUCUGAAGCUGCUAGUUGAUUGAAGUCAGAAGGGGCUGACACAAGCCUGCAUGCUAAUCUGUUCCCGAUUAUAUCUCUUUCACAUUCAAAUUGUAUGUCUGAAAGUCCUGUGAAUUAUAAAUCUCAAGAACCACGUGAUUUUGAUACUAAGUCUCAAUGACAAUUGUUGCUUCUAACCGUUUGUAAUGGAGCUUUGGAGAAUCAGAAGUCUGUAAAUACGACUGUAGCACAGUUAUCAAAUAACUUGUAUGAUAGAAAUUCCAUUUAAAAUAUGAGUAACUAGUAGCUUCACUUUCAUUCAACUUUUGAAUCAAGUUUUCAGCAAUAAUGACCCAUAUCAUUAAUGCAUUUAGUGCCACUUACAGUGUGCUUUCAUAAGAUGUGCGGAUGUUCAUGUUCCCUGAAAUACUUUGUGAACUCGGUUACCUUGAACAGUUUUUUUCAUGUAGCAUGACAUAAGCUACACUUACUGUUCAUGACUUAAAUAUACUACUCAGUUGAGCAAACUAGAUUAGAUGGAGCCGGAUUCGAAAGUCCCAACAAGGCACAAUUCCACUCAAUUACGUACACCUUUCACCACGUUCGAGCACUUUUUAUUGACUUUAUUUAUUCAGGAAAACUGCAUACCUAAUAGUCAUUGUGAGAUGUCUUGCAGUAGGUAGUUAGCUCGACAACUACAGCGAUAAGACGUGGAAUUUAAUUAGUUCACUUUUAGUGUGGUACACCAAAGUAUUCAAUUCACGUUGUUUUGCUACUUUGUUUGGUUAGUAUGUAGUUGAUAGUUACUUCUCAUUACUCAGUGAUUACUUCAUUUUUUACUUAACUGCGUUUCUAUUCCUAGCGUAUCUUAUUUGCUUGUAUGAAGAUAAGUUAGGGUUUAUGCAUGAAUUAAUCAUCUCUGGUUUAACAUAUAGCCCGAAAAUUACCCCAUUAUGCAGCAUAUUAAGUCGAAAAACUGUAGAGCUCGGUAUUUAGAAUAAAAUGCAGUAUAUAUAUAUAUAAGAAAAGAAGACGUUCAGCAAAGAGACUCUUUUCGGCGAAUUCAUUCACUGAGCUGUACAAUCGCAUAUAUAUACAAAUUUGUUUGUGUGUGUGUACAUUAGAUUUAUAAAGUUUAGAUAAUUAUGUAAUGUAAGUAUUAUUUGGCUUGGAGACAAACGUUAAGAUAGACAAUAAAAAUAGAAUUGAUUAAGUGAAUUGGAUUACGUAAUACAGUUGAGUAGAAUUCAGAGUAGGUCAGGUUGGCAACAGUGUUAAUGAGUGGUGGUUAAAAUUAAAUAAGGGUGGGGUUAGAGAAUAAUACAGUUGAAAAUAAGUAAGUUAAUCGAGUGACGUAACAUAGUUGACUAGAAAUUGGACGUGGGUCAAGUUAGCAACAUUGUUAAUGAGGGUAGAAAUUACAAAAGGGUGGGGUAGAGAAUAAUAUAAAUGAAGAUGUGAAAUAAUAAAAUGAAAAAGACAAAAUAAUACAAUUAGUAAGACUGAAAUUAAGAAGGAUUACGUCCAUUGUAGAUUUAAUGAAUGAACGAAUUUCUUUUGUAUGCAGAGUUCAGGAUUUAGCAGAUGGAUUGCCAUUGCUUCUGCGAUGUGGAGAAGUUUGAUCCGUACACUUUUAGCAAGAUUGCCUUGUAUUCUGUAGAUAACUUUGAAGUUUGUUUCUGGUUUGACUUGGUGUCCAG